ACAAAGAUGUGAGUAGGAUAAAAACAAGGCACAUAUAUAUUUUACUUUGAAUAUCUGUAGGUCUUUUUGAUGAGCAAAAUUAAAAAGGAUAGGACAUGUAUUCCCGCUGAUAGAAAAGAGUAAUUCCCUGUGGGAGAGGAGAGGAGAGGUGCAAAGAGAAUAGCAGGCAGUUUAUGGUGGACAGGCAUCACCUCUAAUACAGAACUUAGUACUGGGACCCAAAUAGACAAUAAGCCCUUAUCACAUGAACAGAAGAGGCUAUGAUUAAGUUGUUGUCUAAGAACAUUAAAAGGAGUAAAUCAGGAAUCUAAACAGAACGUAUUGUUGUGCCACAAAUACGUUUAAGAUGGCCUGGUUUUCAUUCUUUCCCCUCGUCAGGGGAUUUACAAUUCUACUCGAUGCUUCUUUCUUGCUAUGCUGGUGCUUUUCUAUACGAAGGCAUGCCUGGACCUUCCAAACAGGUUGGAACCCAGGUUAUGGAAGGCGCCAAGAUUGUAUUUCUUAGCUACUAUAAGUCAACCUAAGACAUUAGCAACAGCACACUUUAAAAUACUGUGUCCAUGGGGACAGCAGAGGUUUCUUCACAAAAUAGUCUCUAGGCUGACGUUCCAAAAGGGCAGGUGGUGAUGCUCGAGUACGAGAACCAAGGAAAGAAUAUGUUAUGCCUUUGAUUCUCCAAACCACCAGUCAUUAGACCUAGUGAAGUUAGCUUAUGCUGCCUCCCAGACACUUGUAACGAAGGCUUUGUCCGAAAAGAUCUGGCAUCAGCGAGUGGAUUUCAUCAAACCCGAAACGCCACAGCAAACUAGAGCUCUGGGCGGGAGCAUCAUCUAACUUUCCGAUUGGUCCUACUGGCCUCCUUCAGGAGCUCAUAACUGUCUUUCCCGGCGCAUGCGCGUUACCCGCUUCCGGCCGAGGCGCCAGGUGUACCCGCCUUUCCGGCCCGGGUGGAAUUCCUAACCCCACUUUCCUCGGCCUCGGUGUCUCCGUGUGCAAUGACUCCGGACUCAAUUCCCUUUCCCGAAGGGCCGCUCUUAAAGCUCCUACCCUUAGACGCUAGGGACCGGGGCACCCAGCGCUGUCGCCUGGGCCCGGCAGCCUUCCAAGCCUUGGGCGCGCACUUGGGCUCAGCGGUGGAGAUCUCGCUGCCUGAGGGCGGCUCCUGCCUCUGCAUCGCCUGGCCGCGGCGGGAUGGAGCGGACGGCUUUCUGCAACUGGACCCACUGUGCGCGAGCCCGGGGGCGGCAGUGGGGGCGCCGGGGUCCAGGGGGAAUCUCAGCCUGAGCCGCCUCCGCCUGGUGCCCUGCCCGCCCCUUCGGCGCCUCACCGUGUGGCCGGAGUUGCGGGAGCCCGCGGGCGCGCCCGGUGCCCCGAGUCCAGCCGUGGUGCUGGAGGCAGCGCAGGAGCUGCUGAGGAACCGACCGGUCUCCCGGGGCCACGUGGUGGUCGCUCCGCCGGACGCCCCCGGCCCGGUGGCCGCCCUGCACAUCGUCAGCGGGGUGCCCGUCCCGGAUCCGGCCGGGCUGGUCACCCCUCAUACCAGCAUCGGUCUCAGCGGGGUGCCUCCGUCGGAAGCUCAGCCGCAGCCCGAGGUGCCCUUGGGGGGCCUUUCCGAGGUGGCGGACUCGCUGCGGGAGCUCCUCUGCCUGCCACUCCGCUACCCCCGCACCUUGGCCGCGCUGGGGCUAGCCGUGCCCCGCGGGGUGCUCCUGGCGGGCCCUCCCGGGGUAGGCAAGACCCAGCUAGUGCGGGCCGUGGUCCGGGAGGCGGGCGCGGAGCUGCUGGCCGUGAGCGCCCCGGCGCUGCAAGGCAGCCGGCCCGGGGAGACCGAGGAGAACGUGCGACGCGUCUUUCAGCGCGCGCGGGAGCUGGCCAGCCGUGGGCCCACUCUCCUCUUCCUAGACGAGGUGGAUGCCCUGUGUCCCCGGCGGGGCGGCCCACACCAAGCCCCCGAGAGCCGCGUGGUGGCCCAGGUGUUGACGCUGCUAGACGGCAUCAGUGGGGACCGCGAGGUGGUGGUUGUAGGAUCCACCAACCGGCCAGACGCGCUAGACCCAGCGCUGCGCAGACCUGGGAGAUUUGACCGAGAGGUUGUCAUUGGAACUCCCACACUUAAACAGAGAAAGGAGAUUCUACUAGUGAUCACCUCAAAGAUGCCCAUCUCCAGUCAAGUUGAUUUGAGCCUCCUUGCAGAAAUGACAGUUGGCUAUGUUGGCGCAGACCUGACUGCACUCUGUAGGGAGGCUGCCAUGCACGCUCUGCUUCAUAGUGAGAAGAACCAGGACACUCCGAUGAUUGAUGAAACAGACUUCCUUGAAGCUUUUAAAAAGAUUCAACCUUCAUCCUUUCGAAGUGUCAUUGGACUGAUGGACAUCAAACCUGUUAGCUGGGAGCAGAUUGGUGGCCUUGAAGAUGUAAAACUGAAGUUAAAACAGAGCAUUGAAUGGCCUCUGAAAUUCCCUCGGGAAUUUGUUAGGAUGGGCCUGACACAACCAAAGGGAGUUCUCCUGUAUGGUCCUCCUGGAUGUGCUAAAACCACCCUGGUGAGGGCCCUGGCCACAAGCUGUCGUUGCUCUUUUGUUUCAGUGAAUGGAGCUGAUCUCUUUUCACCUUUUGUUGGAGAUUCAGAAAAAGUCUUGUCUCAGGUCUUUCGACAAGCAAGAGCAAAUACUCCAGCAAUUGUGUUUUUGGAUGAAAUUGAUUCAAUCUUGGGCUCACGGUCAAUCAGCAAAACGGGAUGUAAUGUUCAAGAGCGUGUUCUUUCUGUUCUCCUGAACGAAUUAGAUGGUGUUGGACUGAAGACUAUAGAGAGAAGAGGAAGUAAAUCAGAUCAACAGGGUAAAUACAAGGAGCUGAAAAAAAAUGAAGAGUUAGAGUUUCAAGAAAUUUUUAAUCGAAAUGUCAUCAUUGUUGCGGCAACAAAUAGACCUGAUGUGUUAGAUAAUGCCUUGUUACGGCCUGGGAGAUUAGAUAAGAUUAUUUAUAUUCCACCUCCAGAUGAAAAGGGCAGGCUUUCUAUUUUGAAAGUCUGUACAAAAAACAUGCCAGUGGGGCCUGAUGUUUCUUUAGAAAAGCUAGCAGCAGAAACCUGUUUUUUCUCUGGUGCUGAUCUUGGAAACCUCUGUAAAGAAGCAGCUUUGCUGGCUCUGCAAGAAAAUGGACUAGAAGCAACCACAGUGAAACAAGAGCACUUUCUAAAAUCACUUAAGACUGUAAAACCGUCCUUAAGUCACAAAGAUUUGACUGUAUAUAAAAACUUAUUUCAGAACCAAGGAUUUUCUAACUUAGAGGAUAUUUAAAAAUUACUUUACAUACCUGCUCAAGGAUUAAUUGAAAUGUGCUAUAGUUUGCAGCUUCACACUUUUAGAGUUUGUGUGCAUGUUAUUUCCUGUAAAUAAAAACACUGUACCUGAUGAGCUAAGAUUCAUCUUAUUUCUAAAAGGUCUAUUAAAAAAUACCAUAAUUUAGAAAGAAAGUAUAUGUAUGUGUGUUAAUUUUGUAGUGGGUGGUAUUUUUGUUUGUUUGAUUACUUUUUAAAGCUUUAUUUUGAAAUAAUUUCAUACUUCCAGAAAAGUUGCAAGAACAGUACAAAGAACUAUGCUCUUAACCUGGAUUUACCAAUUUUUAAUAUUUUGCUGUAUGCUGAACUACAGACGGACCUCAUUUUAUUGUGCUUCACUUUAUUGUGCUUCACAGUUGUUGCAUUUUUCACAAAUUGAAGGUAAGACCCUCUACCAGUUCGCUUUAUUAUGAUACUUGCUUUAUUACAGUGAUCUGGAACCGAACCUAUCAUACCUCUGAGGUCUGCCUAUAUUUAAGAACAGAUGUUAUACUUAAUGUCCCUUUAUGCCCUUAAUAAUUUAAUGUAUAUUUCUUAAAAAUAAGCUAAUUUUCUUAUAUGACCACAGUUCAUUUAUCAAAUUCAGGAAAUUGAACAUUGAUACAAUAUUUUAAUUUAUCGUCUCACGAUUUUCAUCCGUUGUGCCAACAGGAAUUUUUUUCCUAUUACAGAAUCUAGUCUAAGAUCUUACAUUCCAUUUAGUUGUUCUGUCUCCUUACUCUAAAGAACCUCUUUUAACAGUUCCUCUGAAACAGGAAAGAGUAAGGAGCCUCUGAAACAGUUCUUCAGUCUUUUUUGUUCUUUCUUUUUUUUAAAGCAUUCUUUUUUUUUAUUGCAGAAUAUUGGGGAACAGUGCGUUUCUCCAGGGCCUAUCAUCUCCAAGUCGCUGCCCCUCAAUCUAGUCGUGGAAGGCGCAGCCCAGCUUCAAGUUCAGUUGCCUUCUCAAUCUCU